AUGCAUUAUGAUACUCAACAUCCGGUGUUGCCUCAUCUUUAUAAUUAUUCUCAGCAACAACCAAAAACUUAUCCUAUAAGUCCUGCUUCAUUACCUGCUUCACUUAAUGAUAAAGAAUCGAGUUCAUCACCAGAAAAAUUACCAAUUGAUUAUUCUUCCAUAGUUAGUUACACUAUCAGUCCAAGCUUGAAAAGACGUCGAAGAUCGACCAAGAGUAAUUCAAAAGAUAUUGGCGAUAUGCAAUAUUCUUGUCUGCAAUGUUCAAAAGUAUUCCAAAAAGCUUAUAAUUUGAAAUCUCAUAUGAAGACUCAUUCAACCGAAAAACCUUUCAAGUGCUCUAUUUGCUCAAAAGCUUUUGCAAGAUCUCAUGAUAAGAAAAGACACGAAUUACUACACGCUGGCAAGAAGAAUUUUAAAUGUGAAGGUUUCUUAAAAGAUGGUAAAACAAGAUGGGGUUGUGGUAAGAAAUUUGCUAGAAGUGAUGCUUUAUCAAGACAUUUCAGAACUGAAACUGGUUGGUUAUGUAUUAAACCUUUAAUGGAUGAAGCUAAAACUUUAGAUGCUCAAAAAAUUCCCAAAACUGAAGAAUUUUAUGAUAACUCUAAUUUCAUUAGAAGAUUAAUUCAGAAAUAA